UUUUUUUCUGGAUGAUCAGAUUAAACUCUCCUUACGAAUUUACUCGCGAUGAGUGCGAAAGCAAAGGAGACGAGUUCAGUGAUAGAUCAGAAAGAAUAUUUGAAAAAAUAUCUUGGACUUGGCGCAGACGGCGCUGAGAAGAAGAAGAAGAAAAAGAAGAAGCAAAAACACGCGGUCAUCACAUCCAGGUGCAAAAUUGUGGAUGAUGACGGACUGGCGAUUCAAGACGUUGUCCGUGCGGUAAAGGAGGAAGAUGACAUUGAUGAGAUCUUCGCCACUGCGGACGAGUUACCGACUUUCGCGGGUUUGACUGACGAUCUUCCCGUCGAACUUCGUACUGCAGAAUAUCAAAAUUCCAGUCGUUGGGCCCGUGUGGGACGGAACACCGAAGAAGAUGUGCGAACGAGUUGGUCACCGAGAGGAACGAAACGGAGUAUUGCUGCUGUUGCGUCGUCACCGCCGAGAAGUUCUCGGAUUAGGCAUGAUUCCGAUGCUUCGCCUCCCAGAAACCUGAGGAUUAGACACGAUUCCGAUGCGUCUCCUCCGAGACAGUCAAGAACCAGGCACGACUCUGAUGCCUCACCUCCCAGAAAUUCUAGAACAAGGCAUGAUUCUGAUGCCUCACCUCCGAGACAGUCAAGAAAAAGGCACGAUUCUGAUGCCUCACCUCCUAGAAAUUCUAGAAAAAGGCAUGAUUCCGAUGCAUCACCGCCGAGACAGUCAAGACAGAGGCAUGAUUCAGAUGCCUCACCCCCGAGAAAUUCUAGAACAAGGUUCGAUUCUGAUGCCUCACCUCCUAGAAAUUCCAGAACUAGAACCAGGCAUGAUUCUGAUGCAUCGCCUCCCAGACAGUCAAGAAUGCGGCAUGAUUCUGAUGCCUCACCCCCAAGAAAUCCCAGAGCCAGACAUGAUUCCGAUGCAUCUCCUCGAAGAGCAACGAACGAUUCUGAUGCAUCUCCUCCGAGGCGCAGAAGUGGAAACGAUUCUGAUGCUUCCCCUCCGAGAAAACGGUCUAUGAUGAAGAUGGACUUUCCGAAAAUCAAAAGCGAACGGAGAUCUAAUUCUCCACCUGGUAAAGAUUCUCUUGGCCGAAGGACAAAGACAAUGGAUGGUAAGAAAGCAGGAUUGCAAUCCAAGGAAACCUUGAGAAGAGAGAAUGCAGCAUUCGCCGAGCGUCAAAGAGCUGCUAUUGUUGCGGUUGGUAUACAACGUUUCGUGCAUCUUUACGCGGCCGAUGAGCGUAUGACUGGAAAGGGAGCGAAAACCGUGGUACGUCGCGACAGGAAAGUAGAAGAGAAGCUGCGGAAGAAACAAGAGAAAGCGGAUCGUCGCGCAGUAAUUGUAGAAAAAUACAAGGAGUUCAACGUUGGUAUUGCUACGACGAAACAAAAGGAACAGCAGAUUUCUCAAGACCUCUACGAAAUGAGCAAGCCUUUGGCGCGGUAUGCUGACGACGAGGAUCUAGAACGGCAAUUGAAAGAGCAGGAACGAGCAGAUGAUCCGAUGUUGGAGUAUGUCCGGAGGAAGAAAAUGGAGAAGUUCAAGGAGGCAAAUCCCAACUAUGUCGAGAGACCAAAGUACAAACCACCGCCGCAGCCUCCGAUAAAUCGGUUCAAUGUAUGGCCUGGUUACCGAUGGGACGGUGUUGAUCGUUCCAACGGAUUUGAGAACGAGUUUUUCGCAAAGCAAGCUAGCCGAAAAGCUGGUGAAUCCGAAGCUUACAAAUGGAGCACGGAAGAUAUGUGA